UGCAGGGCGCCGCUCGGCAGCAUCAUCCGCGGCUGCGGGGCUGACACACGCCUCCAUCCUCCUCUCUCCCGGCAGCCGCUCACACGCGCCUCGCCGCGGGCGGAGCGGAGCGAGGGGCGCCGCGGCAGACAAAGCAAAGAUGGCAGGGAUCCUCGCCUGGUUCUGGAACGAGCGGUUCUGGCUGCCGCACAACGUCACCUGGGCGGACCUGCAGAGCACCGAGGAAGCCGCUUUCCCACAGGCGGAGGACCUCUACCUCGCCUUCCCCCUGGCCUUCUGCAUCUUCAUGAUCCGGCUGCUCUUCGAAAGGUUCAUUGCUAAACCAUGUGCCUUAGGCCUUAAAGUCCAAGCCAAUGGACCACAGAAAGCUCAACCUAAUGCUAUCCUGGAAAAGGUUUUCACAGCUAUUACAAAGCAUCCAGAUGAGAAGAGGUUGGAAGGCCUCUCCAAGCAGCUGGACUGGGAUGUACGCAGCAUUCAACGUUGGUUUAGACAAAGACGCAACCAGGAAAAACCCAGCACCCUUAGGAAGUUCUGUGAGAGCAUGUGGAGAUUUACAUUUUACCUUUAUAUAUUUACCUAUGGAGUACGGUUCCUGAAAAAGACACCCUGGCUCUGGAAUACCAGGCAGUGCUGGAGCGGGUAUCCAUAUCAGCCACUGAUGCCUGACCUUCAUUACUACUACAUGGUUGAAUUGUCAUUCUACUGGUCCUUGAUGUUUUCUCAAUUCAUUGAUGUCAAAAGAAAGGAUUUUGGAAUCAUGUUUACACAUCACAUUGUAGCAGUCACCUUGAUUACCUUCUCAUAUGUAACCAAUUUGACACGAGUGGGAACCUUGAUCUUAUGUCUCCAUGACGUGGCUGAUAUUGUCCUAGAGGCUGCCAAAAUGGCAAACUAUUGCAAGUGUCAAAAACUGAGUGACCUUCUGUUCCUUACAUUUGCCUUUGUCUUCAUUGUCAGUAGGCUUGGCAUAUAUCCCUUAUGGAUAUUAAAUACGACGUUGUUUGAACUGUAUGAAGCUCUGGGAAAUUUUCCUGCCUUAUGGGUCUUAAAUGUGCUGCUUAUAGUUCUUCAAAUUCUGCACUGUUUUUGGUCUUACCUAAUCAUAAAGGCAGCCUACAGAGCUAUUUCAAAGGGCAAGGUAGCAAAGGAUGCCCGAAGUGAUGUUGAGUCAAGCUCAGAUGAGGAAGAAACAGUACCUCGCUCAAAGGCCCCGCACAGCACUGUCACCACGAACGGGACCAGCGGUGCCAACGGGACAAACGGGUAUCUUACUGCUGCCACCUCCUCAGAGGAGCAUUAAUCCUGCAGUUCAAUCAUGAGACACGAACAGAAUGAACUGUUUGCUACUGGAAGUAAAUUAUAAGUUGUGAAUGCGGUUUAUUCAUGUAUUUCAGCAUCAGAAAAAAUUAGGAGUAUCAAAGCAUUCUGAUAGCGCACUGCCAUAUUUCCUGUUUGUGAAUGAAGACAGCACACCAUUCUGUAUAUGUAGGCAUGCUGUAUGUGUAUGUAACUGACACAAUGGGAGCAGUAUUUUCACUUGUACUGUCCGAAAUAUUAUUUAUUUUUUAUUCUUUUGGGAACUUCUGGACAAAAGGGAAUAUCCAUUCUCAAACUUCGUGUCUUGGAUUCUCAGUAAUGGAGAGCAUCAUGCUCAGAUCUCUUCUGUCCAUCCCUGUUGCUUUUGCUGAAUCUGCUAUAAGUAAUAGUUGCUCGGUUUGUUACUUACAGUAAGAUAGAACAUAGCUUUAUAGAUUUUAGAUCUGCUUCAGAUAUUUUUGCUAUCUUUGUGUUUUAAAAUACUGGUUUUGAAAUUGCUUAACAAAUCACAGUUACUGUUCCUCCAAAAUAAUUUGGGAAAAAAAAUGUGGCAAUUGUGGGAUAUUAUUUUAGCGUAAUUUAAAAUUCAAUUUGGUGGUUAAUUGCAUUAGAAGUAGACUUGAUUUGUUGUGCAAAUACCCAAAAGCAUUGUUGUCAGCACUUAGGAUAAGUUCAUUCUUACCUUUUUUUUGGCCUUUCAAUUUUUGACUUCUACAGAUUUUAGUUUUUUGCAGAGAUUCCAUGUAAAAGGUGUUUCUUCAAAUGCACCAUUCUGAAUCCAGACUUAACUCCUGAAACUGUUCUUGCAUAUUCACCUGAUUGAGAGCAGAGGUAUAAUGGAAAAAACAGCAGAUGAAAAGUUCAUUUCUUCCUUGGACACAGGUCAGUCUAGGUAUUGUUCUCAAAAUUAUUGCCACUUCCUUGGCAGGGUGAAAAGAGAGGAGGCAAAAGGUCAUACAUUACUAGAAUUAGUUUAUUUUAAAUGUGUGAAAACUUGAGCAAAAUUCACUUUGCAUAAUUCACAGCAAUCUUUGAAUGCUCAGCAGUAUUUCAUCACCUCUACAAAUAAAAUUAGAGAGAGGGCGUCUGUAAAAUAAUUUUGCAUUCCUUUUUCAUCCAAGAUUUACAAAUAAUGUCCCAAAGAAGACAAAGUAACACCCUAAGUAAACAUCUUUUUGAGCAUUAUAUGCGUACUUCUUCCAGUCUCUAGAUCAGAGUUUGAUGUAGGAUGCUAAGGAUCAUACAGCUCUUGCAGGACACUCUUCUGUGAUUUGUAACAGCAGUGCCAAAAGUAGGCAGGGCUCUUAGGUAACAGACUCUAUGCAACCUAAUGUUCAGCAGUAUUGUGUGUGCACACAGAACCAAUGUGCUUAUAGACCAAAGACUUACAUACAUAUACAUACACAUACACAUAUAUAUAUGUGUGUGUAUGUAUAUAUAUGCAUAUACAUUCAUACAUACAUAUAUAUAUAUAUGUUACAAAAAUAAAGGACGGAACAAACCAGGAAAAAAAAUCUUAAGCAUGUCUUCUAUAUACAAAGGGAUUGGAGUGCUGUGUUCAGCUGGAAACUUGAGCCGAGGUAAUUUCUGAUUCCUUCCACCUAUGCAAAUAGUAAAAUAUAGAUGGUUUCUGAUGCCAUAAAACAUGUUUAAGUAUACAGACUUCAUUGAAAAAAGUUGUGCUGUCACUUCUUUCUUUUGAAAACAGUUUUGGCCUAUUCUACUGAUCACUCUUGAAAACUUCUAAAACUUCUAUUAUCUAUAGAAACUCCUAUGUGUUAGGAAAAAGGAGGUCUUUGUGUUAGGAAGGAAGUGUGCUAAAAGCAAGGUUGGAAUGGCAUCAGUGGAAAUAGUACCUCAAUUUAGUAAAGGAUAAAGGCAAGAAAACUCAGAAAUUGUAAAUCAGAAAAGAUCUGUCAGUUCUACUACCCACAGAACAUCUUUUGAAAAAGCCGGAUUACCCUGUAAUCCAGCAGCUGCAUAGUUUUUAUGUUUAUGAGUACAUCUGAGGGAGCAAGGGAGCCUUACUUAAAUCUCCUUCUCCCCAGAAAGUUUCUCUGCCUCUAAUUUUUUUCAUCUGUCUCCUGUGCAUUUGAUAUCUUAGUUAUCUGCAGGGCAGGUUAUGCAUGUCAAAAUAUGCUGAUUGCAAUAGAAAGUAUCCUAUCCAUGGUGUUUGCAGCUGUGUAGUAAUUACUGUAAAGAUGAUGCCAAGAUUUUAAAAUAAAAACAUCCUGGGAUAUAUUAAAUUAAGAUUAUAAUUUGUGAAAUCAGACCUGCUAAAAUGGUAAUGGACAAUAUCAGUUUAAAUACACCUCUUUCAUGGAGUUGGUUACUACCUCCACUGAACCAUCUCCCUUCUGCAAAAUGGUUAAAAAAAGACAUUCUGGCAAAAUAUUUUAUCUUACAUGAGAACAGAGUGUUGCUCUGAACUGUCAACAUGCACAACAUAGACCAUAUGCUGCAAUGUUGGUGAUACCAGGGGUUAGAGAAAUCCCCAACAACAAUCUCUGUGCCAGAGGCCUUUAGGCCCUGUUGGUCCUCUUCAGCAAUGCUCUGUAAUGUUCAUUCAGAUGUAGGGUCAAGGCUACAACCCUUGACAUGAUUUACCAUCAUUACAUAUGCUGUUAGGGUAUCAUAGAAUCAUAGAAUGUUAAGAGUUGGAAGGGACCUUGAAGAUCAUCUAGUCCCAACCCCCCUGCCAUGAGCA